CGCUGCACUCGAGCUGCCCCGCGGCCGAGCGAGCGCGGGCCGGGGUCGGGGCCGCGGCGGCGGGUAUUGCACCCAGGGUCCUUCUGCAGCCCCCGUAGCGAGGAGCGAGGGCGAAGACGAGGCUAAGCGGGGCCGGAACCAUGAACCGGAGUUUCCACAAGUCUCAGACCCUGCGCUUCUACGACUGCAGCGCGGUGGAAGUCAAGAGCAAGUUUGGAGCUGAGUUCCGAAGGUUCUCCUUGGACCGUCAAAAGCCUGGAAAGUUCGAAGACUUCUACAAGCUGGUUGUGCACACCCAUCACAUCUCCAACACCGAGGUGACCAUCGGCUACGCAGACGUGCAUGGCGACCUGCUGCCCAUCAACAACGAUGACAACUUCUGCAAGGCGGUCUCCAGCGCCAGCCCCCUGCUCAGGGUCUUCAUCCAGAAACGAGAAGAGGCCGAGCACUGCAGCUUCGGGGUGGGCUCGCUGUCCAGGCGGCGGCGCCCCCUGGCCCUGCGGGAGGACGGCCCUCGCCGGCGCACACACCUGCACAUCGGCCUGCCCCACGACUUCCGCCCCGUGUCCUCCAUCAUCGACGUGGACAUCCUCCCCGAGACACACCGCCGUGUGAGGCUGUACCGGCACGGCUGCCAGAAGCCGCUGGGCUUCUACAUCCGCGACGGCACGAGCGUGCGCGUGGCCCCGCAGGGGCUGGAGAAGGUGCCCGGCAUCUUCAUCUCCCGUAUGGUGCCUGGCGGCCUGGCCGAGAGCACUGGGCUGCUGGCCGUGGACGAUGAGGUCUUGGAGGUGAAUGGGAUUGAGGUGGCCGGGAAGACACUGGACCAGGUCACGGACAUGAUGAUCGCCAACAGCCACAACCUCAUCGUCACGGUCAAGCCGGCCAACCAGAGGAACAACGUGGUGCGUGGCAGCCGUGCGUUGGGCAGCUCCGGCCGCUCCUCGGACAGCACAGCCAGCCGCCACAGCCUGCCUGCAGCCCACGUCCUGCAGAACUUGCCCCCUGACGAGAUGGAGAGCGACGAGGAGGCCGACGUGGUCCUCGAGGGCGUCCUGGAGCCCCGGCUGGUACCCAGGCCGCCACCAGGCAGCCUCGCUCGGGUCAACGGUGCUGGCCUGGCACCCGGCCUGCACAGCCCUGGGCGGGAGGGCAGUGUCCAGAGGCUGCUCAGCUCCCUCCGGUCCGACCCCCGCCACAGCCUGGCCCUGCCCCCCGGAGGGGUGGAGGAGCACGGGCCAGCAGUCACCCUGUAGGGCCAGGCGUCAGACAGGUCAGUUUCCUGAGGGGAAAUGCUUCUUAAAGUUUUAUUCUAGUCUUAAAAUAAGAAAAAAUUGUAUACUGCACUCCUCCUUUUUGUUGUUCUUACUUAUCCCUCCCUUUUCUCCCACAACCCUAACUCUUUAUUCCAACUUACGGAGAGAAAA